AUGAAGUUCUCAUUCGGUCUCAUCGCUUCCGCCUUUUUGGCCGUUCAAGCUGCUGCUCUCCCGUCGUCCGCUGAGGUUGCCAAGAAUCUUUCUCGCGAUGCCGCGAUCUGCCCUACAUUCAACUUCGUGCCCGCCCUCUUCUCCGCUUAUAACUCCAAUCUCACCGACCACUACUACGCCACCAGCGAGCUGGAGAUGCUGAAGAUCUGGGUAAAGCGCGGAUACACGCCCAUCCUCGUCAACGCUCGCAUCUUCGAAGAACAAAAGGUCUCCACCGUCCCUCUCUUCCGUCUCUACAACAAAGCCGCUCAGGAUCACUACUACACCAUCGACGAAGUGGAACGUCAGGAGAAAAAGAAUCAGGGAUAUGAAGAUAAGGCAAUUGUGGGAUACGUAUAUGCCUCCCCGAUUUGCGGAAGUACUCCCUGGCAUAGGAUGUACAACAAUAAGCUCCAGGACCACUACUACACCCCCGACCCCAACCAGGUGAAAGAUGCCGUCUCCCGCGGUUACGUUUGGGAGGCUAUUGCUGCCUAUGUCUACAUGCCGUAG